AUGGUGACCAGCUUUGAGACUGCAGCUCCGACCACGAAAGACCACAUUGCUGUACAGCGCAUAAAUGUUAAAAGCAUACCAGCAUUUCCCUUAUCCUCACCGCCAACAGAACAGUUAACCUCUUUCAAACCGAGCAAUGCCGAAACCGUACACUCUUCUGGAUAUCCUUUCCUUUCCACAACCACCUUUGCCUCCAGCUCUUCCGAUGACGAUAGUGGCUCUUCAAGUGGGCUCGAUGAAUUUCAGCUCGAAAGAUAUAGCCAGUCGAAGACAGAAACUCGCCCCGCACAACGGACCUAUCGAAAACAAUCCAUCCGGGACAAGCCUCGACAACGACCGGGACUGAACAUUGUCACCAACUUUUCGAAUUCAGGGAAGCGAACACAUACUGACGGACUUUUAAUGAAUCAAGUACAAUCUCAGAGACCCCGAAUGAAGCAAAGAUAUGCAACCUCUGUCGUCUCAGCCAAGGCAGAACAUGGACAUCAUUUAUUAUACGAGGCUUUCCAGCAUAAGCAGUUUCACGAUAACAGUAGCGGCUGGAAGCCUACAUCAAAAACAGAGAAUCCCAGCAAGUCGGAAAAUCUUAAACGAGCUUUGGGCCGCGAAGCACUUACAAGGCUACAGGCGUUGCAGGCGGCUAGGAAGAACGCUACAAAAUAUUCGGAACAUUCCUCAAAUGAGGUUUUCAAGUUAGAUGGUGACCCAAGUGUUUCAAGAGAUUCUGAACCUGGACGGCCACUGGCCAUUCAAGACUUUCAUUCACCGGAUAAAAGGUCAAUCGUCAUAGGGUUAUCGUUACCCGAGGACGAAGCUGAAGCCCACAGGCUUAAUAACGGUGGAGAUAGUGCACUAUCCAUGUAUACGCCCGAUACCCCCGCCAUUGUUGUUACCCCUGCAACAGAUAAUGAGGCAUGGAAGACAACUACAGCAUCCACAACCAGGUCGCCUCCUAGCCUCUACUCCACCGCUCCCUGGGCUGAAAACGCAGUGUCCCGUCAGGACUUGCCUCCAGUGCCGAAGAUCCCAUCAAGUCUCUCGGACAAGCUAGUUACCAAUAGUGUAACUAAAAGCGGCAUUACGACUCAGCAUGACAACCACGAGCACGAAAAAUCCCCUGAGCAGAAUUUUGACGACGAGCAAAAUGAUAACGACAUUGAUCAUAUAAGGAGAGCCUCCUCUGAAAGCAAAGAGCACAUCCUUAGCUCUCAGAGUGAUGGUGGGAGACACAAAUCGCAAGGCUGGUGGAAUCUGAUGCUCUCACCAAUGUUAUCAAGAAAGGGCACUCUUAAAAGCAUUGGUACACUUGACCAGGCGACUCCACCCCUUCCCUCAAUGCCAAACUAUAUUCAGACUUCAAAAGGCAUCACAAGCUCUCCCGUCUCUGCUCAAUCGCCAGGAACUCCACGCCUAUUUGGGCUAGCAAGUGCCAGAGCAAGCGUCUGGUCUAGAUGGACGACAUGGGAGAAAUCACGCGAUGGUAACCUCCAUUCAAAUGAAAAGACAGAUUCAUCUCCAACCUUGACGGAACGAAGACAUGUGGCAGACAACUCGAAUAAGGUGCUACCGGAAUCUUUUUCAUCUUCAGGCAAAGGACAUGCUGCUGAGUAUUAUCAUGCCUGCGCAGUUGAUCAGGUGAAAGGAGUCAAGUAUUUCGAAUGUCAAAAUCACUCCUGUUCUGAACAGCUUCCCAAGCUGCGCUCUAUUUUUGACUCGAGGUCGCUUGCGGUCAUCUCACCUGAAGAUAGUGGCGAAGCUCGAUCCGCUCCCCAGAACCAAGUAGAUCGCACGGAAGAUCCUGCCACUGUUGAAAGAGCCUGGAGCAGUAUCACAAUUCGAACAGAACCCGAGGAGUUGUCACCCAACGUCCGCCAAGCAAACACGGCAGCUGUUGUUCAAGCAAAAUCGAUUGAUUCACUGGCGAAGAUGACCCCCACUUUUGAGCAGGAAACGGAGAAUAAGAUUCCGGUUGAGGAGGCUCCCACAAAGGCAAACAUUGCCACCCCAAAGCAACCAACGCCGCCUCAGAGAAGCGUUUUGCCUCGUGACCUCAAAUCUCCGAACAUCGCAACAGUGAUCCCCUUGAGCCAUGUCCAGCCACUGGUCCAUUCUCCUGGUCCAGUAUCACCAGGAAUGGAGCAGACCAUGUCGUCACGGGGAGCUGUUCCCAUGGCAGAGAUAGCCUCGGCCCCUGUCCAAACAAGUCCUCCAGAACAAACGCAAGUAACCGCUCACCCGGACCCGUGGAGUCAAAUCCAACCAUCUUCUGUUACUGUACACAAUCAUACCACUUACACAGAACGAACAGUGUCUCGGAAUCCGUUCCUCAGCGAAAUGGAAAGGAGGGAAGAAGCAACGUCUCGGCCAAUGCCUGUGGCCAAUGUUCCUGGCCCAACUCGGGAAUCACCGGCUAAAGUCGUAGAUUCAAAGCCAGAAUCUCAACAGCAAGCCAAGAAGGGGACCAGCCUUCUUUCGAAACUCAACUGCCUCCGGAGAAUGAAGAUGUCCGAGCCUGACCAGCCGAACAAGCCGAGAAAGCGUUACUGGACCUGGGUCAUCGCUGUGAUCCUAUUUCUUAUCAUUGUUGCAUGUGUUCUGACAGCUAUGCUGCUAACACGCACUGGAAACGGCACGCCUGUACAAACUCAAUGGCUAAACCUUACAGGAUAUCCCCCUAUGCCUACCGGUAUCUCGACCAUUGCGCGACCAGAUGUAAAACAGCAAUCUCAAUGUGUCGCCCCUUCCACUUUAUGGAGCUGUGCUUUACCAAAGGAGAACCAGGCGGAGAUUACGCCCAAUGCCCCUGAUCAGCCGAAUUUUCGCUUUCAGAUCGCAUUUCAGAAUGGUACGGUGCCUUCGAAUAUGACUAUUCCAGUGGACAAAACAUCAAGGAGGUCGCCCGCUUUGAAUACUCGGGCCAAUGAUCUAUUCUCAGGCGAUAUGUUUGAGCCCAAUCCUCAGCCCCCCAGCCGUGCCGAUCAGAUCUUCAUGGGUAAUACUACAGACAACAUCACUCAGCCAUUUGACGGAGAGAAGACACCAUUCUUUAUCACAUUUGUGCCAGUCUUUCCCGUAGAUCCAACUAAUAGCACAGAAAUACGCUCAACCACAUCGACAUCCCGGCUACGAACACGACAAGACAGCAACGACACAGAUUCUAUUCCAGCUCCAGACGUCCUCGAUGAUGGGAGUGCCGCACCUGCCAAUCUGCUUCCAAGCGAUCCCUACCCCACUUCACAACCCAUCAAGCUCUAUAAUCGAGGCGCACAAGAUGAGCAUUAUGGAUUUUACAUUUACUUCGAUAAAUCGAUCUUCCUGCGUUCGCGGGCCCCGUUCAACGGUUCCUCAUCUGCGAAUGCUAGUGACAUCGACCCUGCCGAUGAGGAUGGAGGCUCGACGCGCAACGAAGCACAAUUUCGCUGCACAUUCAGCCAGACACGUUUCUUAGUGAGAAUGUGGACGAAUCCGGCGUUUGGCGCGACACUUCUGCCUCCUCUAACUGACGCAAAUAGCACAAGAGGAAGUGAGAGCAAGGUCAACUCAGCUACUGACUUCAGCCGACCAGGCUCGUUCCCCUAUCCAACGACCCUCACCCUCGACAGACAUGGGGGCAAUGUCAACAAGAAAACAGCAUACUGCUACGGUGUCGACGGGUUGCAGGUCAUCCAGGCCGAUAUCAAGACUUUGAUCCCCGAAGCGAGGGGCAUCAACGGUAAUCUGAUCAACGCGGCACCUAGAUUGGUCGACGGCACGGGUUUAGAUGACGGCUUUGACCAGGAUGCUGGUGGUAUCGAUGGUGGCACGGGUGGGUGUGAUUGUAUUUGGCAGAAUUGGAGUUAA